AAGUGACUGGAGGCUGAGAGAGGAAGGAAGAGAGGCAACCGGGCGGAUUCUUGCAUACAGGCAUUUUGGCUCAUUGAAAACGUAUAUAUUUAUUUUCUUUUGGAGAACGAAUUUAAAAUAAAAGGUAAAGUAACCAAGAUGUCCAAGAACGUGUCCUCUGACCGUUUCAGGAAGGUGGAUGUAGAUGAAUAUGACGAGAACAAGUUUGUGGACGAGGAAGAGGGAGGAGAAAACCAACAGGGUCCGGAUGAAGGGGAAGUCGAUUCCUUAAUCAGACAAGGAAACGUAAUGGGUGCUCUCCAGGCAGUCCUGAAAAAUCCACCAAUGAACACAAAGAACCAAGCACUGAAGGACCGGGCGGAGGGUCUUGUCUUAAAGGUCCUGAGCUCCUUUAAAAGCGGUGAUAUUGAGAAGGCUGUUCAGUCCCUGGACAAGAAUGGUGUGGAUCUCCUCAUGAAGUACAUCUACAAGGGGUUUGAGCAGCCCACAGAAAACAGCAGCACAGUCUUACUGCAGUGGCAUGAAAAGGCUUUAUCUGCUGGUGGCGUAGGAUCCAUUGUUAGAGUCUUAACUGCCAGAAGAACCGUUUAACACAUGCCUGGAGCUGCUCUGCAUAGAGAGGGAUUUGCUGGUUCAAAAACCAAGAGUCGUUCAAAGGGCCCUGUGCAGGACUCCAUUCUUUCUUCUUUAUCUCGGCUUGCUUUAUAUCUUUUGUAUUCUUUUUUUUCUUAAAACAACUUUAUCAAGACCACGGUGCAAUGUUCCAGUUAAAUUUGUACUCUGUAGCGACUUUGUAUCACAAGCAUUUCAAUUGGACUUCUUUUUUUUUAAAGUGAAAAUGUAUAAAAAGACUGAAUUACAGUAUAUUGUGUAUUUCACCUUUUUAUUUAAUUUUUUCAUCCAGUAAUCAAUUUGUGGCUAAAAACAAGGCAAGUCCCCGAACAUGUCAGUGCAGUUUGCAGGGGUCAGAAGAGAAAGAAGCUUCCGUCGGUACUGAGUACUACUACCCUGAUGAAAAAUGACCAGGGGUAGACUUUUCUGAUUUAAAAUAUUGUUCUGCAUCAUCUGGCACGUGUACACUUGUUCCAGUGUGCUUUAGCCUGCAUUCCCUUUCAGGAUGCUGCAGUGUCUCUUUGCUCAAUGCCAGUCUUUUACUUUGCUUCUAACUAGAAGCAAGGCACGUGGAGUUAAGUCUGUGUUUUUUUUUUUAAGGCAACAAAAGCAGAGGUUGCCUCGUUGUGCAUUGCAUACCAGAAUCCUCUCAGCGGGGUGUAUAUAUGCAGCUACUCUGCAAACAAAUAAAUCACUGGCAUGUUAAUAAGUUGUUUACACUUUUAUAUACAUCAGCUGCAUAAAGUAUUAGCGAUACAAUCUUAAUUUAAUUAAGAUCAUUUAAUUAAUUAUAACUACACGAUUUAGCCAGGUUAAUCAAAAGUCUUACCAUUCAUUCUGUUUGCUCAGUGAUUUUCAGUAUUACUUCUUCCAGAUCAGCCAAAUCUAGAUGUUUUUAUGCCACAGUAUCUUACAAUUUCAAUGUUUGGACCAAAAUAUCUGUUUAUUUGAUCCAUAAUUUUCUGGGGGUUUUUUGUUUUGUUUUACUUCAUGUUUUAUAAUUAAAUUGCCUCAACUAGAACAAUUAAAUGCACAGUGCAAUAAAACCUUGGUAAGUGUGAUUGCAAAAAACAUUCAUACUGUAAGGGACACAGAGUGAACUCUUUGCUAAACAAGUGUAAAGAGGAAAGUGUUGAAAUGUGAAUAAUUGGUACUAUUGUCAGUAUGAGUUCAUCAGAAUUGUUGAUAGGUAAUUUAGUUGUGGCCAAGCACUUACCAUAAAUAAGGAAGCACAAAAGUACAGACCAGACCUCAAUGUACAGUACUGCCUGUGUUGUGCAUGGAGUUCAUUUAAUGAUUAUAAUUUGUUGGGCCCAAAAAAAUAAUGACUAUAUAAUGGAUAUAGAAAAUGUAAUUCUAAAUCGGCAGUGGCAGAAAUAGAAUCUAUUUACUAAUGUCACUUAGUUAAUUUGUAAUUGGUGUGAUAAAUAGUCUCCUGUUUGUGGACCAAGUGGGAAUAUACCUAACUAGUUUACAGACUGUCUUAUCAAAAUGGUCCUUUUUAUGUAUGUGCUUUUGUAAUGUGAUAACAAAAAAAAAAAAGCUUACGCAAAUAAUAAUAAAACAAUUAGUGUUGGGGGUUUAUUCCUUUAUUUUGAAUUGCAUCCAAACUUUUUUUAUUUUUUUUAUUUUGAGAAUGUGACCGUAAUACAUCAUACAGUACAUAAAGUUCUUUCUUUUUUUCAGAUGUUUGGUUUCCAUGGGUGAACUGUAUUUUCUGUUUGAGAAGUUGUUUUGAUGUAGAGAUGUGCAAAGCUUGCUAAGUUUUACUCUCCUUUAAAUCUAAAAUUCGUACUGUUUGACCAAAAAGUAAUUCUUAAUUAGAACACAGCACAUGGUAAUUUUGCACUAAAGCAAGCAUUAAAUUAUGUAUUUCUUUCAUAUCAAAUUUAAAUAACAUCAUCCUAGAUAAGGAACUGAACGUGUUAUCUUUAUUGUAUUAGAAUUGUAACUUUUACAAAUAUACUGUGUAUCUGUAAACCAUUUCUUCAGUUAAAAACAUACAAGUCGCCUCGCUGAACUCCAGCAGAGACAUCAGUAAAGCUCUACAAAUAAGCAAUCAAAAUCAAAGUACUCACCAUCCAAAUAUCCAAUGUUUUAAUAUUUUAAUAAACAACUGUUUAUUCUUUCAGGCGGUAUAGAUAGACUGCUGAUAAAUAAGACAUAAUUGAAUAACUGAGAAAGUAAAAGGCAGAUGUAAGGGGAUAUGGGGAAGUGCUAAUGACCAUUUGUUGACUUAA